AUGUCUUGGGUUCGGGCCAAUGUAGUCUACUUGUUUAAAAAUUAUCCGCAUUUAGUGUAUGGGAUUCCUCUUGCUUCUGCGUGUUUCGGCUAUUCCAUAUACCGUCACAUGUGUCGCAGAGCCGAUGGACUGGAACGUACAUUCAAAUAUAAAAACGUUUAUUCGGUUAAGCGCCGUGAAGACGUAGUGGUGACUGAUGAAAACCGGGAUCUGUUCAAUUAA